CUUCAACAGGCCUUUGGAAUUCUUCCAUAUACAGACUAGAUAGGGGAUUUUUUUUUUUAAUCGGAAACUAACUUGAGUUCACUUUAGAACCUCUUAUUUGGUGCACAAGUCUGGCUGUUUCACAGAGCUUUCAGUUUUGCAAGUUGGAGUUGAUUUCUUCCCUCGGAAAAACUGCUAGUUGGUGGUGGUCAACAGAAGUCUCAACAUAGACAUGAGCGAGGAAUGUUCUUGCUGACACUCGCCCAAAGAAAACCCCAAAGGAGAACUCUGAGAACUCAUUUCAGGAUGAAGCUGCAAGAACGAAGUACUUCUACCAUAAACAAAUGCUGUCCAUUGGCCAACAGACACGGGGGGAUUCUUCUCCCAACUCCUGCUGCUCCUGUGACGAGAAUCUGGCUCCUUAGGGAGCAGUUUCUUCUCCUGCUGCUGUUCUCUGGCCUGCAGAGACCCACGGGGAGUUCUGAGGUUGCAAUUAAAAUUGACUUUGACUUGGCACCAGGUUCCUUUGAUGAUCAGUACCAAGGCUGCAGCCAAGAGGUCAUGGAGGAACUAAAUCAAGGGGAUUAUUUCACAGAAGAACUAAAAGCCCAUGGGAAUUAUUUCGGGGUCUGGCAGAAAGCCCACUUAACCUGGUUGAGUCAAGGAAAAACUCUACCCAAGAACAUGAAUAUUACACACGCUGUGGCCAUUUUGGUUUAUUCAUCGAACAACAGUGUUAGCUCAGAAUUCACUAGAGCCAUGGCGAGCGCUGCUAGGUCUCCACAGCCGUAUAAACAUUCAUUCCAUUUCAAAUACCUACACUACUACCUGACCUCAGCAAUCCAGCUGCUGAGGGAAGAGAUUGUCCUGAAGAAUGGCUCACUGUGUUAUGAGGUGCACCAUGAGGGUGUCUAUUUGGAAGCCUACACAGGUGCCACCAUUAGAUUUGGCCAAUUCCUCUCCGCCUCCCUUCUAAGAGAAAAGGCACAGCAGUUUGGGAACCAAACUCUAUUUACCGUAUUUACCUGCUUGGGUGCACCUAUACAAGACUUCUCUUUCAAGAAGGUCCUAGUCCCUCCCUAUGAGUUGUUUGAAGUUGUAAAUAUGAGCUACCACCCAAGAGGAAAUUGGUUGCAAUUGCGGUCAACUGGGAACCUGAGCAUGUAUAACUGUCAGCUGCUAAAAGAUUCCAGCAUAAAGUGCAUCCCUGCUCCUGUAAUUAUUGCUUCUCUUUCCUUUUUGACCAGCGUCAUCAUCUCUUCCAAAAGUAGAGCAUAA